AUGCCAGCGCCCACGGCGGUGCAGCAGCUCAUGCAGGCGGGGGAGACAUCGCUGGACCAGGAGAUGAAUGCGGCCUGGAGGUGGCGGUUCACCCGGAAGUGGCAGGCAGAGCAGAUGAAGCAGUUUGAGCCGCCGGCGCCGCCUGGCGCAAAUGGCGGGCUGGCAGAAGGGGAGGACGAGGAGGAGUGGACGGCAGCGCUGCGCCUCAUGGAUACCGUGGACGGCGGCCUUAACAUGCAAAUUGGGCGCACGCUGAGUUUGCACAACAGCAGCAUGGUGGGGGGCAGCGGCAUGAGCGUGGACCAGAGCCUGGACCAAUCCCUCAACCUCAUGUCCCCUGGCCUCAGCCAGUGCGUGCUGCUUGAUGGAAGCAUCAAGGAGAGCCCUCUGCGAGAGGAGGCUGUGGCUGCCACUACCCAGAUCGUGUCAGUUGCCCGCAAGGCGCAGCAUUUGCGACGCCAGCAGCAGGAGAUUGAGCGGAAAGUCUCUGAAAGGUGGGAGGCCGCCAGCAGCGGCGAUGUGUGGGUGGCGCAGCACCUGCCGGCAGUGCAGCUUGACAGCUGGUCAUCCUUUUCUUUUGUGCUAGUCCGGCUCAGCGAGCAGCGCUCGCAGCGCCAGAAGCUGCUGGUGCGAGGGCGCAAUGGCGCCACGGAGCAGCAGGCAUUUGCCAGUGCGGAGCAGGAGGCGGCGCGGGUGGCUGUGUCACACCGGUUGCCAGGCCCACGCGUGGAGCUAGUGGCGAGCGGGCGAAUGGAGUGGGUGGCCGCUAGCGAUGACCAGCGCCGCUCCCUCCGCAUCAGGGCCAGCAGGCUGCUGCCGCCGGCUGCCAAGGACGCACGCCUGCACAGCACCGCAGGCAACAUCAUCUGA